AUGAAUGAGCUCAUGAAGCCAAUGUAUAAAGGACGAGCACUUACAGAUGCUGUCAAUACGGUUGAAGAUAAGUGGAAUCUGUUGCCAGCAUUUCUGAAAGUCAAGGGAUUAGUCAAGCAACAUCUGGACUCUUUCAAUUAUUUUAUUGAAACUGACCUGAAGAAAAUUGUAAAAGCUAAUGAAAAAAUCCUCAGUGACGUUGACCCCGAGUUUUAUCUAAAGUAUUUGGAUAUUAAGGUGGGCACUCCUCAAAGAAAAGAUGUUCAUAGUUUCAGUAACGAUAUCACUCCUCAUGAAUGUAGAUUGAGAGAUUUGACUUAUGCAGCGCCCAUUUUUGUCGAUGUUGAGUAUACUAGAGGAAAGAAGAUUGUUGUUCACCGAAACUUAGAGAUUGGAAGAAUGCCUAUCAUGUUAAGAAGUUCAAAGUGUGUUUUAACAAAUAAAACUGAGGAAGAAAUGGCCAAGUUAGACGAAUGCCCAUUAGACCCUGGUGGAUAUUUUAUCGUUAAUGGUACCGAAAAGGUUAUUCUUGUGCAAGAACAGCUGAGUAAAAACAGAAUUAUUGUCGAGACUGAUGAGAAGAAAGGCAUCGUUCAAGCAAGUGUAACCAGUUCUACGCACGAGAGAAAAUCCAAAACCUAUGUCUUAACGAAAAAUGGAAAGAUAUAUCUUAAACACAACUCUGUCAGUGAAGAGAUCCCAAUCGUAUUGGUACUUAAAGCAGCCGGUAUUGUGACUGAUCACGAAAUCAUGGAAUUGGUCGCUGGUCCCGAUGCCACUUAUCAAGAGUCCUUUGCUAUCAAUUUUGAAGAGUGCUCUAAACUUGGUGUUCAAACCCAGCAACAAGCUUUGGAAUACCUCGGUUCGAAAGUCAAGACCGUCAGAAGACUCAAUGCACCUAAGCUGACGGCAUUGCAAGAAGGUAUGGAAGCGUUGGCAACUACUAUUAUCGCACAUAUCUCAGUCCAUGAUCUCGAUUUCCGGGAAAAGGCCUUGUAUAUGGCUAUUAUGACGAGACGCGUGUUAAUGGCCAUUGCUAAUCCAAAGAUGGUAGAUGACAGAGAUUAUGUCGGAAACAAAAGAUUGGAACUGGCUGGUCAGUUGAUGUCACUUCUUUUCGAAGAUUUAUUCAAAAAGUUUAAUAGUGACUUCAAGGCUAACAUUGACAAGGUUUUGAAAAAGCCUAAUCGUACAAAUGAGUUUGAUGCUCUUCUUAACAUCACCAUUCAUAGCAGUAACAUCACUAUGGGAAUGAAUAGAGCUAUUUCUACUGGUAACUGGUCUCUGAAGAGAUUCAAGAUGGAAAGAGCUGGUGUCACACAUGUUUUAAGUAGACUCAGUUAUAUAUCAGCUCUUGGUAUGAUGACACGUAUUUCUUCUCAGUUCGAGAAGUCAAGAAAAGUGUCAGGGCCUCGUGCCUUGCAACCUUCGCAAUUUGGCAUGUUAUGUACAUCUGAUACCCCAGAAGGUGAAGCAUGUGGUUUGGUUAAAAAUCUGGCUCUCAUGACACAUAUCACAACUGAUGUUGAAGAAGAUCCAAUUCGUAAAUGCUGUAUGGUAUUGGGUGUUGAAGACAUUUCAAUUAUUGGAGGUCACGAACUGCAUUCACCUGGAACAUAUGGUGUUUAUCUGAACGGUACUCCUGUAGGUAUUACCAGAUUUCCAUCUAAAUUUGUCAAGUCUUUCAGACAACUGAGAAGAACAGGAAAGGUAUCGGAGUUUAUUAGUGUGUACUGUAACCAUCAUCACAAUGCCGUGCAUAUUGCUACUGAUGGUGGCAGAAUUUGUCGACCCCUUAUCAUUGUUACUAAUGGUCAACCACUAGUCAAAGAUCAUCACCUUAAGAAGCUGCUAGCUGGUGAAAUGGUGUUUGAUGAUUUCCUUAAGGAAGGACUGGUAGAAUACCUGGACUGUAAUGAAGAAAACGAUAGUUAUAUUGCGCUAUAUGAGCCUGACGUUACUUCCGAAACCACGCAUCUUGAGAUUGAAGUCUUCACAGUACUUGGUGCUGUUGCUGGUUUGAUUCCAUAUCCUCAUCAUAAUCAAUCGCCUCGUAAUACCUAUCAAUGUGCAAUGGGUAAACAAGCUAUUGGGGCUAUCGCCUAUAAUCAACUUAACCGUAUCGACACAUUAUUGUAUCUUAUGGUGUAUCCACAACAGCCAAUGGUAAAGACUAAAACCAUAGAGUUGAUUGACUAUGAUAAGCUGCCAGCAGGACAAAACGCCACUGUUGCAGUUAUGAGUUAUUCUGGUUACGAUAUUGAGGAUGCUCUCGUUCUGAACAAGUCAUCUAUCGACCGUGGUUUUGGUCGAUGUCAAGUCAUGAAAAAAGCAACUGCUGUGCUCAAAAGAUAUCCCAAUCAAACAUCAGAUCGUUUGGAAGGUAUUUCUGCUGAAACAAAAAUUGGUCCCAAACAGAAGAAAUUCACAGUUCCAAUUUUCCAACACGAGGUUCUUGGACCCGACGGUUUGGCAGAAGUAGGUGCUAGAAUUGAAACCGGUCAAACUUAUAUCAACAAAUCAGUCCCAGUCAACGCAGGUGAAAAUCUGAUCAAUCCCAAUGGAGCAAUUCAAAAUGGACAAGCUGGAAUGGACGCAUAUAGACCAACGCCAAUGAACUAUAAAGCGCCAGAGCCCAGUUACAUCGAUAAAGUGAUGCUUUCAUCGUCAGAGUCGGAACAGCCUCUUGUCAAAGUGUUGCUACGACAAACUCGUCGUCCAGAGUUGGGUGACAAGUUUUCCUCUCGUCACGGACAAAAGGGUGUGUGUGGUAUUAUUGUCCAACAAGAAGAUAUGCCGUUUAGUGAUUCAGGUGUUUGUCCUGAUAUCAUUAUGAAUCCACAUGGUUUCCCCUCUCGUAUGACAGUAGGUAAAAUGAUUGAGUUGGUUUCUGGAAAGGCCGGUGUAUUAGAUGGGUCUUUGCAAUAUGGUACAUGUUUUGGAGGAUCCAAGCUAGCAGAUAUGUCCAAAAUCCUGGUUGAAAAGGGGUACAGCUACUCCGGUAAAGACAUGCUGUAUUCGGGAAUCACGGGAGAGUGUCUUCAAGCGUAUAUUUUCUUCGGCCCUAUUUAUUAUCAAAAGCUUAAGCACAUGGUUAUGGAUAAAAUGCAUGCCCGUCCAAGAGGUCCCAGAGCUGUACUGACUCGUCAACCUACCGAAGGUAGAUCCCGUGAUGGUGGUCUUCGUCUCGGUGAGAUGGAACGUGAUUGUGUAAUUGCAUACGGUGCUUCGCAGUUGUUGUUGGAACGUCUCAUGAUUUCCUCUGACGCUUUCGAGGUAGAUGUUUGUCAGACCUGUGGUCUGAUGGGUUAUAAUGGAUGGUGUCCUUCCUGUCGAACCAGUGAAACAGUCGUUAAACUCACAAUCCCAUAUGCAGCCAAACUUCUUUUCCAAGAACUCAUGGCCAUGAACAUCGCCCCUAGGCUCAAACUUGAUGACGUUUUUAAGUAA